AUGCCGUUACCAGACAAGAAAUUAGGGGUUGCGUACUGUUCUCUUACCGCUUUAUAUGGGUUUUUGUCUUUAGGUACUCCAGGUGUUGGGAAAACCACUCUGGGAAAAGAACUUGCAUCAAGAGCUGGGAUGACAUAUAUUAAUGUGGGUGACGUGGCAAAGGAAGGCGAACUGUAUGAAGGUUUUGAUGAGGAAUAUGAUUGUCCAAUUUUGGAUGAAGACAGGGUACUUGAUGAGCUAGAAGAUAAAAUGAAUGAGGGUGGAGUUAUCGUCGAUUAUCACAGCUGUGAUUUUUUCCCUGAACGGUGGUUUCAUAUAGUAUUUGUCCUUCGUACAGAAAACUCAUUUCUGUAUGACAGACUUGAAAGCAGGGGCUACAAAGGGAAAAAGCUGCAAGACAACAUUCAGUGUGAAAUUUUUCAGACACUUUAUGAGGAAGCUAUGUUGUCAUAUAGAGGGGAAAUUGUACACCAGUUACCCAGCAACACUCCAGAAGACCUAGAGAGAAAUUUGGAUCAAAUUAUGCAAUGGAUUGAGCAAUGGAUGAAGGACAACAAUUGACAUUUGGUGCAAAAGUAACUGUGCUGGAUCGCUUCCUGGGAGGGUUUAAUAAAUGACAUUAAUAAUUCCUGUAUGAUAAAUUAAAAUUAUUUGUAUUGUAACUUGAUGUGGCUGGGGAGUAGAAGAAGGUUCAGAAUAGCCAGGCUGUAAGGCUUUGGAACAGCCGUGGAAGCACUCUGGGAGAGGCACACAGGAGAACUGAUGAAAGUGAAAAUUCAGCAGGGAAUGAAAGGAUGAAAAUGACACAGUUGCCCUUAGUAGCGGGAACUACGUUCAAUAACUGAGACUCGGCGCUUACAAUUAAAACCAAGCCUCACCCCACUCCCCCCAAGAAGACUGUACAAUCCCAGUAACUGAUGGCAGUUGAGGAACUUCUGAUUUCUACAGUAAAACAGUGUUCUAAAAAGGAGUUAGCCUGUUUCUGAAUUUUUACAGGCUAAAACCUGCUGCUCUGGAAUGUGUAGAGGUGAAUGCAGAGUGAGGGGUGUACAAUACAGUUUAAGGAGCGUGCUUUGUUUUGGAGGGAAGAGAAGCAGUGUGGCAAGAGAGCCGUUUUAAAAUGAUUGCGCAGCACUUGGGGAACUACUUGUGGUGCAAGGAAACAUCGGGUGCAUCUGCACUGGUGUGGAACAUGAACAUGUUUUCCAUCUCCGUUUUCUCUUGGUAUUUUCCAUCACCCAUCCCAAUCAUGGAAAAUAUUUUAUCACUGUUAAGUUUACCAAAGAAAUACCUUGUUCGGCAGGAUAACAAACCACCUGCAGCCCUCAGAAACAUGGUUGCACUUAAAAUGCUGGCAACCAUCUGUCCUGAUCACUUGGGAAGCCUGGGUCCCCAGAGAGCGUGGCUGCGCAAAGUAGAAAUAACCUUAGAAAUAAUACAA